UUUGGUCCUUCGUGCGACCCGUACACAGAUCACGUGAUUAGAACCACCAGUGCUACAACAGCUCGCUUGCUAGUUCUGGGGAAUUGAUUGUUGUUCGGGAAGCUUUUGCGACAUAAUUGUGACUUUAUUAGCAACGAUAUCCGUUUAUAGCAAUGGCGUAUCAGCUCUACAGAAACACGACGCUGGGCAACAGUCUCCAGGAGAGCCUGGACGAGCUCAUCCAGACACAGCAAAUAACCCCCCAACUAGCACUACAGGUGCUGCUCCAGUUCGAUAAAGCCAUCAAUACAGCACUGGCCAACCGGGUACGGAACAGGGUCAACUUCCGGGGCUCACUAAACACCUACAGAUUCUGCGACAACGUGUGGACAUUUGUUUUGAACGACGUGGAGUUCAGGGAAGUCACUGACCUGGUCAAGGUGGAUAAAGUCAAAAUUGUCGCUUGCGAUGGAAAGAGCGGCCCAGAAGCGAGCUAAGCAGAUGACGACAGCGCUGCUACGGAAUAAGUCAGUAAACAUUACACUGGGUCAAAUGCAGCUGAGUGAAGAACAUCUGUAGACAAGAUGGAAAAUGGGGGCACAGGACAAAGCCUUAACCACAGUCAAGACUGUAUAUAUAAUUUAUCACAGAAAUUUUCUGUAAAGAAGAGUUGAAACAAACCUUGUACAUAUAUGACCUUGAAUCUGUAGGACCAGUGAGUGAACGGACCAGUCUAGCCAUAGUAGUUGCAUGAUUCUUACUUUUUGUUUUUUUUAUCAGGCAAUCGCCACAUUUUGAGUGGUAUUGUUGAGCUGAGUCAUCUUUAAUAAACCUAUAUUUGAAAUGAAGUGUGUACAAUAUGUUUAUGUAGGCUGGUAUGUUGAAUUUGCCUACCGAUUCUAACCUGAUGAAGUGGGCAUAUAAUUAGAACAAUAGCUGCUGCCCCCCCCCCUCUUAAUACAGCAUGCAUCUUGCCCGUCAUUCAGUUAUGAGCAAAUAUUGAACCAUUACUGACAUGCUAUUGAUGGAAUACGUUAUUCUGUGCAAUUUUCCAAAAGACUGUGGUGCAACCUUUAGGCCUAGGGAAAACAAAGGUUCACUUCCCUAUUAGGGUGAAUAUGAUCAAUGAACAUUAAACUUCUAUUCAAACACAU